AUGCCAGAAUUCAGAAACCUUCAUAACACCUCCACCCUCAUAAUCAGCGCUGCUUCCUACGGGUCUUCUUCAAAUUGCCUCUUUGCUUCGCCGAUUAUGAUAUUCCCCGAUGAAGUGGUCAGCGAGGAGCCUGCCAACAUUGAAAACGAAGAGGUGAGCGAUUCUGGAUGCUUCAUCCAAUCCCCCAUGGAUCGUAAAAUGGAACGUUACAGAAAAUUGAGAGCCAUGCACGAACGAGCUGGUCGUCUUCCUAAAAGUACUGUCCCUGAAAACGACUCGAGAAACAGCAGUCAAUCAUCAACUUCUAGUGAUCGUAGCAAUUCGGAAAAUUGA